UUACGUGAAGAUUGUUGGUGGUUAGGUGAAGGGAAACAGUUGCAGUUGAUCGUAGGCACUUAAUGGAUUGAGGUGAUUGUUGUUUGUUGAUUAACUGAUUGUAACCUGCUUGAUCUCUCUCUCUCUAUCUCUCACUUUCUUCCUCUCUUCAUAUACACAAACAUACAUAUAACGUCUCAUUGUGUCUCUCUCUUUCCUCCUCAUACAAUUACAUUGCAAUCUGUUUUUUCCAUCGACCAAUCCUUUCAUCUUCAUCUUUUAUUGAAUCUAUUUUGUUUUUUUUUCGCUCUCUCUUAUUUUGCUUUAAAUUUGUGAUUUUCCUUUUUCUCAAUUUUCAAAAAAAGUGACUUUAAACGGUAAAUCAAUGGACCUCUCAAGUGACCGAUACGCUGUCCUCAGCUAUGAACAGGUUACUCGUUUGGAUACUGUGAUGGAUGAAGUUGUGCCAAUCCAUGGUCGAGGUAAUUUCCCAACUUUAGAAAUGAAAUUAAAAGAUUUGGUCAGUGUGGUACGAGGUAAAUUGGAGGAAGAAAAUGUUACUCUUCGUGAUAUCAGGUUAAACGGCGGUGCUGCUUCCUACGUUUUGUGCCCUAACAAUUUAACUUACAAUGAUCUGGACCUGAUAUUUGUGGUUGACCUUUCAACGUCUCGUAAUUUUGAUAAAGUUCGCUCAGCAGUAUUGGAUUCCUUGUUAGACUUUUUACCAGAAGGAGUAAACAAAACAAGAAUUUCCAGUUGUUCCCUAAAAGAAGCAUAUGUUCAUAAAAUGGUAAAGGUUAACGAAGGUGGUGACCGUUGGUCCCUUAUUUCAUUAUCAAAUAAUCGAGGUCGGAAUGUGGAACUUAAAUUUGUAGACUCAAUGAGACGCCAAUUUGAAUUCAGUGUUGACUCUUUCCAGAUAAUUCUUGAUUCCUUGCUCUCCUUUUAUGAAGUUGAUCCACCAAUGAGGAUGAGUGAAAAUUUUUAUCCCACAGUGGUCGGUGAAUCAGUGUACGGUGAUUUCCGCGAAGCUCUGUUCCACCUCAACAAAAAACUCAUCGCAACCCGUAAUCCGGAAGAGAUUCGCGGCGGUGGACUUCUUAAAUAUUGUAACCUAUUAGUGAGAAACUAUCGACCAGCACGUCCAGAUGAGAUUAAAAAUCUGGAAAGGUAUAUGUGCUCACGAUUUUUCAUCGAUUUCUCUGAUUUGUGCCAACAAAGGAGAAAACUUGAAAGCUACAUUGCCAACCAUUUUGUCGGUGAUGAUCAAAUGAAAUGUGAAUACCUGAUGACAUUGUUUAACGUUGUUGAUGAAUCAACAGUUUGCUUAAUGGGACACGAGAGACGUCAAACUCUCUAUUUAAUACAAGAGCUUGCCUACCAUUACUAUUACCAAGACCAGCAAAAGUUGAUGGUUAAACAACAAUUUGAUGCUGCUGCUGCUGCCGCGGCUGCUGCUCUUGCUUUAUCCUCAACCUCAACCUCAACUUCAUCCUCAUCCUCAUCAUCAUCAUCAUCAUCGUCAACCUCAGCAUGGAAAAUUGUUCAGCCUUUCUCAUCUUUAGAUUUAAUUUGUCAAUUAUGUUAUAAUUAAUGAUAUUUCAAACACAAAACUCAAACACAAACACAAAAAAACAAACAAAAAAAAUAAUUCAAAAUACAAAAAUCAAUCACAAAACAUUUCCAAUCAGAAUAAAACACAAACUUUAUAACUCUAUUUGAUGUUUUUAAAAAAUUUAACCAAAAUGAAUGCAAAAAUUUCCCCAAAAGUCCCAAAAAAUUACAUAAAAUGCUACUUUAAGUGAUAUAUUAUUAAUUUGAUUAAACUCACUGAAAAAAACAAAGCAAAUCAAGUUCAACUUGCAAACAAAAGACAAAAUAAAUUAAACCUAUUGAACCUGUAAUUACACGGAAUUUGAAAGCUAAUUGAGGAUAAUUUAUUAACUCGUGAUUAUCAAAGGUAAAGCGAAAUGUGUGCUAAUCAAGUUAAUUAGUGUUUCCAUAUUUUAACUCUGCAAACCUUUAAUUUGAUUAUCCCAAGCCAAGUAUUGAUGAUGGUGAUGAUCAAUAUAAGACUCAACAUGUAAGGUAAGUCAAGUUAAAGGCAAUAACAACAUGAUUAACAUGAUGUAAAAGACAGUGAAAGUGUUUGAAUAAACUGGAAACAUUUUUUCAUGUAAAUUUAGGUUAAUCUAAAUUGCAGGCAAAACUUGAUUUCCAACAGAUUUUCA